UGUGACGUCACUUCCACCUGCGCCAUUAGCCGCCGUUUCCUUUGUUAGGAUAAGUAGAAAAGCUUGGGCACGCGUUUCCAGCUCCACUCUCUUGCACUUGCUGUUUGAGUUCUCCGCAGAAGUCCUGUAACCCGUGAGCAACAUGGAUAUUAAUAACAGCAACGCCAAGCGUAAGAACAGCGCCGGAGACAGUAAAUAUCUGCCGGAGUUACUGGCGGAGAAAGACAGCCUGGACUCCUCUUUCACGCACGCCAUGAAGCUCCUCUCUGCGGAGAUUGAAAGGGUCCAGAAAGGUGAGCCUAAAAAAGAAUCUGAGACGUAUCUGGAUCUGUUUACCGCCAAGAACGUGAGGGUGAAAGAGAGAGUGCUCAUUCCUGUAAAACAAUACCCUCGGUUCAAUUUUGUGGGAAAGAUUCUGGGGCCGCAGGGCAGCACCAUCAAACGUCUGCAGGAGGACACCGGCGCAAAGAUCUCAGUGCUGGGCAAAGGAUCCAUGAGAGAUAAGAACAAGGAAGAGGAGCUGAGGAAGGGUGGAGAUCCGAAGUAUGCACACUUGGCCAUGGAGCUGCACGUGCACAUCGAGGUUUUUGCUCCAAUUCCGGAUUGUUAUCUGCGUAUGGCUCAUGCCAUGGAUGAGGUCAAGAAGUUCCUAAUGCCUGUGGAAGGGCUUGAGGAGAUGCACCCGGAUGCAUUCAUGGAUCCAGGGUUUCUGAACGGCUCUCAGGAUAUUCAUGGCCCUGGCAGAGGUCUCCCUCAUGGCCGAGGCCGUGGUGGCCCACCACCCCCAAUGGGACCUAGGGGUCGUGGUAUGCCGCCUCGUGGAGCACCACGUGGAGGAGCACCAAGAGGAGGUCCAGGGCGUGGAGCUGCAGCGAGGGGGGCCCCCGCCGGAAGAGGUGGUCCUCCAUCCCAAACACCAGCCAGAGGAGGCACAGCCGCUCGCUCAAGACCACCAGCCUCGACUCAGAGGAUGACACCAGCAACCGCUCUCUCCCACCAACAGCACCCAGCCAAACCUGAAACCUACGGGGAAUAUGCAUAUGAAGAACCAUACGCAGAGCCUUCCUAUGAAGGGUAUGAGAGCUACUACAGUCAGCCUGCUCCACAGCAAGACACAGAGUAUUAUGAUUACGGUCACGGAGAGGCACAAGAAACUUACGAGUCUUACACUGAAGAUGACUGGGAGGGCGGAGCUUGGGGCGGCGCUGGUGGAAAGGCUCCGGCUGCCCGACAGGGCAAAACGUUUCGGGAACAUCCAUAUGGCAGAUACUGAGAGCUGUUCGUCACUACGGUUGCCUGGCAACUUCCUCCCCUCCUAACCUCUUGUAACCACCUAAAGUAAUUCUAGUUGUUAUUUUUGUAUUCCGUUUUGGUUAAGAAUCCUUUUUAAUAUUCUGAAUCUACUCUAAGUUCGACGUGACACAUUUUAGAUUUGCAAUUAUAUGCUGUGCUUAUUCUCUUUGGAAUUUUUUUUUUUUUUGCUGUUUUUCAUUUAUUUUAAUGCUUUAGUGUUUCUUCUGAAAAAGUUGAUACCUGAAUGCUAGAUAAUUAGCUGAUGGCCAUGUGUAAAAUGACUUUCUAAAAAGAAGAAAACUGCUUGUUAAUGUCACUUAUUCCAAAUGCGCUUUUGCAAGGCACAACAAAAACUCUUUGAGGAAUGCACAAAAAUAUUAGUUCCUGUACAAACCAACAUGUUACUUAUUUUUCAAAGAACAUAUUCCAUUUGGUUUGAGGCUAUUUAUUGUUGAAAGUCUCGUAAAAACAUUAAAACUUCGCAUCUACUGAUUCGUUUUGUUAAAUGAGCAAAACAAAUAUCGCAAAGUUUGUAGUUUACUUGUAGUCUGACGAAAAGUACAACUCUCUCAAAUCUUUGUACGUACAAUACUCAAAUAUUAGAAACUUGUUCUUUGGUGUUUAUAGGUUUGCAGUUUCCGAAAUAUUAGCAAAAUUGUGUGCAUUUCCUAACUAGGGAACUAAAUAUGUCCAUAAUGUCUCCCUGUCAGUUUGUCAAUAAAGCAUAGUUUUCUUUUACAGCCUUCAAAA